AUGUCUCAGGCUCAAGAUUGGACGGGCGUCAGAAGUCGUAAAAUACCUAUUGCAUUAGGUAAUUUCAACAAUGACCAUCAUUUGGACAUCAUCGUAACUCAACCUGACAGCAACAAAAUGAAUAUUUUCUUUGGAUUAGGUGAUGGAACGUUUCCAACGAAUCCACAGGCAUCAGUUAUAUCCUCUUCUCCUCCAUACUUCAUUGCAGUUGGCGACUUCAAUAAUGAUAGUUGGCUGGAUUUCGCCAUCGCUAAUUAUGAUCGCCAUAAUAUAGGUAUUUUCCUCAAUUAUGGCAAUGGAACAUUCAAAAACGAAAGCACAUAUUCUACUGGCUCUUCUCGUCCACUUUCACUCUCCAUUCAUGAUUUCAACAAUGACAAAUAUUUAGAUAUUGUUGUCGCUAACGAUGGUACGAAUAAUGUAGGGGUACUACUCGGAUAUGGUAAUGGAUCUUUUUCUGAUCCCCUGAUAUUUUCAACUGGUUUUGAUUCUCUUCCUAAUGCGGUCGUUGUUGCUGAUGUUAAUAGCGACAAUCAACCGGAUAUUGUUGUUGCCAACUCCGGCACAAAUACUAUUGGAGUGUUUCUUGGAUUUAAUGAUGGCACCUUUUCACAUCAAAUAACAUCUCUAACAAGUGGUCGCCCUGUCUCGUUAGCCGUUGGCGACUUCAAUGGUGACACUCGACUAGACGUCGUUGUAGCGAACAAUGACAGUAAUAUACAAAUAUUUCUUGGAAAUGGCAAUGGAACAUUUACCAGUUUAGCUAUCUAUGCAACGGGAUUUCAUUCCUAUCCUAGUUCAAUAGCUGUACGAGAUUUCAACAAAGAUGGUCGACUUGAUAUUAUAGUUGUCAAUAGUGGUACUAAAAAUUUAGGUCUCUUUCUCGGAUACGGCAACGGAAUCUUCGAAAACCAACGAGUAUAUCCUAUAAAUAAUGGAGCUCCACAAAUAGUCGAUGCUGGAGAUUUAAAUAAUGAUACUUGGAUAGAUAUCGUCGUUUCUAUUUAUAGUCCUUAUAAUGUGGGUGUUUUUCUUGGAGUCGCCGUAGCUGAUUUCAACAAUGACACAAAACUGGACAUCGUUGUAACAAAUUCUCGAAGUAAUGAGAUAGCCAUAUUUAUUGGACAAGGUGACGGCAAUUUUGGUUCGAGAAUAGCAUAUUCAACGGGAACAGGUUCUGCACCCCAAUCAGUCGCUGCUGGUGAUUUUAACAGCGACAAUCGACUCGAUAUUGUCGUCGCUAAUAGUGGUACUGACAAUAUAGGAAUUUUUCUUGGAAACAUUGAUGAAGUUUUCUCAGACCAAAUUACAUACCAAACGGGAGAUGGUUCACAACCUUUAUCGGUCGCAGUAAGUGACCUCAAUAACGAUCAACAGCUUGAUAUCAUUGUCGCCAAUUAUGGAACGCACAAUCUAGGCAUUUUUCUUGGAUAUGGUAAUGGGACUUUAUCAGACCAAACAAUAUACUCAACUGAAUGGAAGUCUUCCCCAAGUUCAGUCGCUGUUGGUGACUUUAACAAUGAUAAAUGGCUUGAUAUUGUCGUCACCAAUUAUCAUGCUAACAAUAUAGGUAUUUUUCUUGGAUAUGGCAACGGAACAUUUUCAAAUCAAAUUGUAUAUUCAACAGGUGGGAGUUCAGGACCGUAUUCAGUUGCUGUAAGUGACUUUAACAACGAUAAACGACUUGAUGUCGUUGUCGGUAAUUAUGGGGCUGACAAUUUAGGUAUUUUUUUUGGAUAUGGCGACGGAAAUUUUUCAACUCAAAUUGUGUAUUCAACAGGAAAGGGCUCAGGCCCCAAUUCAGUUGCUGUGGGCGAUUUAAAUAAUGACACUCAAUUGGAUCUUAUAGUAGCCAAUUAUAAUAUGGGAAAUGUAGGUAUAUUGCUUGGAAAUCGCAAUGGAACUUUCUCAAGUCAAACCACAUAUUCAACUGGAUGGGAAUCUUUGCCGAAUGCAGUCGCUCUUGCUGAUUUCAAUAGCGACGAUCGGCUCGAUAUAGUAGUUACACUUGUUUAUUUUUUCUCGAUAGGUAUCUUUUUUGGAUAUUACAAUUCACCUUUCACAGUUCCUAUAAUAUAUACAAGCAAUUCAGUUUCUAUGCCAUUUGCACUAGCUGUUGCAGAUUUUGACAAUGACAAUCUAUUGGAUCUCGUUGCUACAAAUUAUGGUGAUGAUAAUGUAGAUAUUUACCAGAAUUUUGUAAAUGGAACUUUCCAAAGUUCAAAAUUGUAUUCAACGGGUUACACUACUGGUCUGUAUUCGAUCGCUGUAGGUGACUUCAAUAAUGAUAAUCAUGUCGAUGUUGUAGUUGCUAAUUAUGAUAGUGACAAUAUUACUAUCUUUCUCGACUUUGGCAAUCGGAGUUUCGAAAGCGGCUUAUCAUAUACUACAGGGCUUGAUUCUGGUCCUUGUUCACUUGCCAUCGGUAACUUCAACAACGAUAGUCGACCAGAUAUUGUUGAUGCUAAUAAUGCGGAUAACAGUAUAAUUUUAUUUCUUUUUUAUGGCUUUGGAGCCUUUCCAAACGAGAAAAAAGUGCACACAAAUACAUCUUAUAUACCCUCUCGUGGAGUUGCUUUUGGUGAUUUCGAUAAAGAUCAUCGAAUCGAUAUGGUUUUAGCCGAUUUCAAAAAUGACACUAUAACUGUGCUUCUUGGAAAUGACAAUGGAGUUUUCUCGAGUCAAACUAGAUAUUCUACCGGACGUGGGUCUUAUCCAUUCUCAGUUGCCACUGGUGAUUUUAAUAAUGAUACACGACUAGAUAUCGUUGUAGCCAAUGCGCACAAUGACAAUGUAGGAAUAUUUCUCGGAAAAGGUGAUGGUACAUUUUUCGAUCAAGUCACAUACUCAACGGAAUGGAAAUCUGAGCCAACUAUCGUCACCGUUGGUGAUUUUAAUAAUGACAAUCGAUUGGAUAUUGUCUUGACUAACUACCGUGAUUUUAGUAUAGGCGUUCUUCUUGGUAAUGGUGAUGGAACAUUUCCAACACACACAGAAUAUUCAACUGGCGAUUAUUCGUAUCCGUGGGGAAUCGCGGUUGGUGAUUUUAAUAACGACGCUGGACUCGAUGUCGUUACAAGUAAUCAUGAUGGUUAUACUAUCAGUGUUUUUCUUGGGUAUGGAAAUGGUACUUUUACCGAGCAAACCUCAUAUCCAACCGGAGAGAAAUCUGUGCCUAUUGGAAUCGAUGUCGGAGAUUUUAAUAACGACAAUCGAAUGGAUAUUGUUGUAGCCAACUAUGGUAAUGAUAAUGUAGGUAUUUUUUUUGGUAAUGGUGAUGGAAGCUUUUCAAACCAAGUGACAUAUUCAACUGGUAAUGUAUCUGGACCGUAUUGGGUAGCUGUUGGUGAUUUUAACCAAGAUGCUCAACUAGAUGUUGCUGUUGCUCUUUCUCUCUCUGAUAAUGUAGCUAUCUGUUUCGGAGAUGGAAAUGGAACAUUGAGUAGUCCAACAACAUUUGGAACUGGACGAACAUUUUAUCCAUGGUAUUUGACAGUUUAUGAUUUCAAUAAUGAUACCUGGCUUGAUAUAGCCGUAGUCCUUGGACAAGUUGGUGGUAUUAUGGUACUUUUAGGCGAUAAAGAUACAAUGUUUUUAGUACCUAUAAAAUAUUCAACUAACCCGAAUUCUGCUCCACAGACUAUAGUAGUUGGAGAUUUCAAUAAUGAUAAGUAUUUAGAUGUAGGUGUUACAUAUAGUAAGAGUAAUAAUGUAGGUUUCUUUUUUGGAAAUGGUGACGGACGUUUCUCGAAACAAGUAACAUAUUCAACUGGUACUGAUUCUAGACCAUGGUCAAUGGCUGUGGCUGACUUUAACAACGACACUCGACUCGAUGUUGUCGUGACAAAUCGUAAUAGUAAUAAUAUAGGAGUAUUUCUUGGACUGGAAAAUGGGACUUUUAGCGAGAUAAUCACAUAUUCAACCGGUCUACUGUCUGAUCCCAUAUCCGCCGUUAUUCUAGAUUUCGAUCGAGACAACAAACUAGAUAUUGCUGUUGCUAACAAUGGUGGAAACAGUAUCAGCAUAUUUCAAGGAUAUGGUAAUGGAGAAUUUUUGAAUGUAGCAACAUAUUCAACUGGUUAUAAUUCUCAUCCAGUUUCAAUCGUCAUCGGUGAUUUCAAUAACGACGGAUGGAUGGAUAUUGUUGUGGCUACUUUAGGUACAAAAAACUUAAAAAUCCUUUUAAAACUAUGUUAA